GUGGUAAAUCAGUCCUGUACAGUAGGAGAGCUUUCGGUCAGCCGCACCUGGUUUUUGCACGACUGGCAGAUGCUUCGCGUAGGCGCAGAUCCAUGUCUAUCGCUCUGUAGUGAUUCCUUUGUAUAAAUCAUACUAAAUCGCCCUCUUUAAAACCCAUAAGAAACUUCUGGAUUCUUCAUCCUUCUAUGUUUUUUAAGAUUUUGUUUCAGUUGCUUCUUCAUGUGACAUGAGGUGAGUUGGAGAUGCCAGACUUACCAGGUUAUGUUAGUUCCUGCUUGAACACAGGGAAACUUGCCUUAUUAGCACUCUUGGUUGCGGGUGGGAUUGUCUUGCAAAUUUUGGCAUGUGCCUUGUAUGAUAACUGGUGGCCGAUGUUAUCAGUGAUAAUGUAUGUUCUUCUUCCCCUCCCUUUGCUGUUCUCUGCUGGAUCUGAUGAUUAUUCUUCACUUUCUGAAUCUGAUAGCAAUUGGGUGAAUGUGACCAAGUUUUUGACUGGAGCCUCAGCUAUUGGAAGCAUAGCCAUACCAGUCAUAUUAAAGCAUGCAGGGGUUAUUGGUUGGGGAGCAAUGGCAAUGGAACUUGGCUCCUUCUUUGUGCUUGUAUUCGCCAUAAUGUGUUAUAUACGGUUGAGUAACGAUGACUAGAUAAUGCUUUUUGACACUUUGCUUUUAGAACUCCUUCAGCUGUGAGUAAUGUAAACCCGAUUUGAGCAAGGUAAUCUUUUCCACUUGUAUUGCAGCUUCAACUCUAUAUUCUGGUUUUCAGAUUGAUUACCAUCUCGUGAUCUCUACUAAAUUAGAAUUUGGAUUUGCCUUUUCAA